AUGCAACAAGAAAUGGGACAAAUAACUUCCCCGAGCUUGCCAUGCCUCCACAGGAAACUCUCCGGUCUCAUCUCCGCCAACGUGCGGCGCGACCGCGCAGAACACGCCCGUAAAAACGCCCUCGUGGACCAAGGGAUCGGCCUGGCCAUCGACGCGCAGGGGUCCGACGACUACGACUACGCCGUGGUCCUCGCGGACCUCUAUAGUCCCACGGACACGGACCUCAGCACUCUACGCGGGGUGCUCGAACUUGCGCGCGCGCAGCUCCGCAGCCGCCAUGAGUGCAAAGCCUGGGCGAACCCUCGCGGCAAGAAUUCCGCGGAGGCCCUCCGUGUGCGCUUCUGGCUCCAGACCCGUGCGUACACGGCGGCUGAAAUCUAUCAGGAAUAG